AUUGAUAGGGGUUUUAAAAUACCCAAAACCAACAAACCGAUUGUGUUUCCUCGUUGGAGUCGUUUCUCAUUUCUCCUAGACCUCGGACAGAUGGUUUAGGCCUCCCGAAUCUGUCAGUUAUCGUUUCAAUUCUCAUGAGGUUUAAGCUUUGAUGCCUCUGCACUAAAGUUGAAGCAGCACGUUUUUGGCUCUCUCCAACAGUAUGGCUUUGGCAAUAUAGUCAAAUUACAGCCGAGCCAGAGGACCACGUGUAUGAUAAAGAACUCAAGGUUAGUACAGAUUGUAAGAGAGAUGAUGGAGAACCAGACUCAAAAGAAGGCCCAUUUACAUUACGAUCACACCGAUGCUUGCAAGUACUCUAGGUGGACUGCUAGGGAAUCUUAUGAAUUCAUGCAUGCUAGGCCAUGGCAACGAGUUCUUGAUUUCUAUUCAAAUAUCGUUAAUGGUCACAUGUCAUUGUCAACAUUGUUUGGAACUGUGAUUCAUUCUAUUCAUGAUGAUGGUGAUGUGGAGUCUGAAUCUACUAGUGUUCCAACUGAAAACAGAACUGGAAGGUGGGCUAGAGUAACAUUCAAAAUAAUUGUGUCAUACCAUGGUGGAUCCUUUGAUGGGUGGCAGAAGCAACCUGGCUUGAAUACUGUUCAAGGUUUAGUUGAAACAUCUCUUGGAAGAUUUGUUGAUGACAAGAAAGCUCAACAAUUGAAGGACAAGGGAUCACCAAUAGAAGGGACGUCUUUAGUUGCUGGGCGCACUGACAAAGGAGUGACAGCUCUUCAACAAGUUUGCUCUUUCUAUACUUGGAGGAAGGAUAUUAAACCUCAAGAUAUUGUUGUUGCCAUUAAUGAAGCUGCACCAGGAAAGCUAAGGGUUGUAUCUGUUGAUGAAAUGUCAAGAGUGUUUCAUCCUAAUUUCUGUGCCAAAUGGAGGCGCUAUGUGUAUAUUUUCCCUUUAAAUGAUGGAGAGGAGGAUGUUGAGUAUACAAAUUCCAGAGACUUUCAAGGCAAUCAAAUAUAUGAGUUUUGUAAACACAUUGGUGAGGAGAUCAUUGAAGAGUUUCAUAAAGAUGAUGUCGGUGGUGUUGAAUGCCAGAAGAAACCAACGACGUUUAAAAUAAGCAAGGUGAACCAACUUUUGCAUCAAUUAGAAGGGAAAUUAUUAUCGUAUAAGGUGUUUGCACGAGAUACUAAAGCUUCUAGAAACAUUGGUCCUCCGACUGAGUGCUUCCUCUAUCACGCCCGUGCUUCUGAAACCAGAUUACCGUUUUCUGAUUUGGAUGGAGGAUACACAAAGGCAAUGUGUGUUGAGUUGGUUGCUAACCGUUUUUUAAGGAGGAUGGUUCGAGUUCUCGUGUCAACAGCAAUUAGGGAAGCAGCAGCUGGUGCAGACGAUGAUGCAUUGAUAAAGCUAAUGGAUGCCACAUGCAGACGUGCAACCGCUCCACCAGCACCACCUGAUGGCCUUUGCCUUGUUGAUGUAGGUUACACAGAUUUCGAUCCACAAAUUUGCCUCAUCUCUUGAGGUAACCUUAUUAUCCAAAUUGCUGAGAUGCUAGUUCCCGACUUUUGGAUUAACUAACCCUAGUAUGAUGAAGACAUAGGAGUUUAAAACUCACAUGCUUCAGUAGAUCCCAUGAAAGAGUUCGAUUGAGUAGAAGAUGCCUUUAUUUAUUGUUGAUGAACAUCCCAUCCAGUGUAUUCAGUUAUUGUGCGAAAUUCCAUGGUUCUCUGUCCCUACUUUUUUUAAUUUUGGAAGAAGAAAAAGAAGCAGGUUACUUUUUGUACUUCAUUGUUUUAGAGACUGUCUGGUAGCGCAUUGUGUUUACUUUCAUUUUGUUUCACCACCAUCGGUUGAUGUAUGUGUUCAAUUGGGUGCCAUAAGCUCUAUGUCCGA